AUGUUUAUCCGGAUUAUCGACUCACACUUACACUACACAGCUCCCACAGCCGCAGAAGGUGCCGUCCGCACCGGCUGGUCCUAUACAGGGAACAACAACCCGUAUCGAGACCAAGACCCUAAAAAUUGGGGGAGUAACACUGCAGCACAAGCGGUGCCCUCUUCCAUACCACCAGCUGAAUCUAGCGUUGGUAUUAAUCCCAGCAACGUCGCAUCCGCAACCCCUACAACAGCAGCAAGCAGCGAUACCAGUACCAAAUCCAACACCAACCACAACGGUGGCUUGAGUACAACCACAAAAGUCGCCAUCGCCGUCCCCGUCGCCGUAGGCGGCGCAGCCCUCAUCGCGGCAAUCGUCUUCCUACUCCUCUUCAUGCGCCGCCGCAAACAACGCAAAGCAACAGCAGCAGCAGCAGCAGCAGCAGCAGCAGCAGGAGCAGGAGCCCAAACACCAGUUAACUCCCAAGUACACAUACCAAAAGGACACAACCACGGACAAGCGAACCCACGAAUGGAAACGGCCACUGCCAUAGCUCCCGUCCCGCCAAGCAAUAACGGCAACGGCUGGACAAUGCCCUCCCAAACACACAACAUGAACCCGCCCUUCGACGGCCCCCUGCCGCAACAACAUAAUUCAACCCCCGUCCUCCCAGAAACCUACCGCUCAAGUGAUCCCAGUAUGGGGAUUGGAUUGGCGUUAACGCCUGAGAACCCGGUCCCUUCGCCCUCGCCGCCGUCGGCGGGUGUUGGUGCGGAGUUCCCGCGCGCGCGCUCGCCGUUUAAUCAUCCUGAUGAUACGUUGUCGGAUAUCUCGAGGGUGAGUGGGCGAAGACGGGAUAUUGAUGGAGAUGGGGAUGGGGAUGGAGAUGGUGAUCGGGCGAGUGUUAUUUCUUCUGUUUCGUCGAUUGAUGAGCGUGAGCAUGAGCGUGGACACAGGGGUUUUGGUGGGCAUUAA